AUGUCUCAUAUGAAACCGUUGCAUCCAACCGACGCAACAAAUCUUGCGCAAAUCUUGGCUGCUGAAGCGCGUCUUGGCCGUAUACAUCGAUUAUUCAAAACACAUUUUAAUGUUACGGAACCAUCAUUGAUUCUCGAACCAUAUUUAUAUCUGGGCAAUUGCAUAUCUGCUCACGAUACAAAUCGUCUAUCAAAAUUAGGUAUUCGGCAUAUCUUAAAUGUUGCUAUACGAGAUGUGGAAGUAUGCCCAUACUACUCAAGUGACAUACGUACGUUAACUAUCGAUCUUCGUGAUGACGAUCGAGAAAACAUCUUACGAGCAUUUGAUCAAGCAUUUGCAUUUAUUGAUGACGCGAGACGAGUUAAAUCUCGUGUGCUUGUUCAUUGUAGUCACGGACAAAGUCGAUCACCUGCUAUCGUUAUUGGCUACUUAAUGCGAACAUACAACGUUUCAUUAGAACAAUGUCUCGUUCAUGUUGUUAAAGCUCGUCCAUGUGUUCUACCUAACGAUGGUUUUCUCAAACAAUUGAUUCUUUACGAUCGUUUUCUCGUUGAACGUCGUCGUCAAAGAGAAGGAUUAGCGGCAACAAAUUCCACUAACAAUACUGCACCAACUUCCGAAAUUCCCGUUCAACGAAAAACACCUGUGGCUCAUCCAUCCACCGCUCCUAUUAUUCUAGCACCACCACAAUAUCCAAUAGUUGAACCUUCCCCUCCACCGACGAUGUCGUCAGUUGAUUCAUCAAGUUUAGGGAACACAUCAAACCUUCAAUCAUCAGCUAGUGCAGAUUCCAUUCACGUUAUUCCGAUUCAAGUCUCAUCCAAAACGUCUCCACACGAGCAAAUUGAAACAAUUCAUAUCGACCAAAGCCCGGUUAGAGUUAUACCUGCUGUGAAAGAAGCACAAAAAACUGUUCAUCCACAACGAGAGAAAAUUCAAGUAGCUGAUAUAAUUAUUGAGCCUAAUGAAUCUUAUGAUGUAGACCUAGCUAAGAAACGACAGAGUCUUAUCAUAUCCAAUCUUGUUAAACGUUCUUCCUCAGAAGCACCUCGUCCACACCCUAAUCCAGUUGGUCGUAUGCAGGUCACUUAUGUCGAUCAGUUUCCAUAUACAACAUUGGACGAACAAUGGGAUAUAAUCACACCUUAUCCUUCACAUCAACGAUCGACUCAUGACCAGCCGCAACGAAAAUAUAUUACAGAAAUUUAUGAUAAGGCAACGAAACGUUUCAUUCCAGCAUCCUGUUAA